CCGCCCGUCGGCCGGAUGUGACGUAGACACACCUCAGUCACGUACUCGUUGGAGAUGGAAACUUGCCGCGCCUACCUUUUGGCCCCGCCUCGAAUCCCAGCCAUUUGGCCUCUCCAGGUUGGCCCCGCCCCAACGGCUGCUUUUAAACCCGCCCCUCUGCCCCAGGCCAUAAUUGCUCGUGAACCUCUUUGUUGGAGAACAGCGGUCAGCAAGGCCACUAAACCGCUGCCCGCCUCCUGGAAUGAGACAAAGUGUGGAGCUAAGCAGAAGCUGGAGCCAGACCUGGAGCUGCCUCCUCUCCCAGGGACUGACAUGGCCCGGCUGGUGACCACACAGCUGCUGCUCCUGCUGGCAUGGGUGAUUUCAUGGGGGGCCCAGCCCACAGCCGCACGGGCCAGGACUGAACUCCUCGAUGUCUGCAUGGAUGCCAAGCACCACAAGGAAAAGCCAAGCCCCGAGGACAAGUUACAUGAGCAGUGCAGUCCCUGGAAAAAAAAGGCCUGCUGCUCCACCAACACCAGCCAGGAAGCCCACAAGGACAUUUCCUACCUGUACAGAUUCAACUGGGACCACUGUGGCAAGAUGGAGCCCGCCUGCAAGCGGCACUUCAUCCAGGACACCUGCCUCUAUGAGUGCUCCCCCAACCUGGGGCCCUGGAUCCAGCAGGUGGACCAGAGCUGGCGCAAGGAGCGGGUCCUGGAUGUGCCCCUGUGCAAAGAGGACUGUCAGCGCUGGUGGGAGGACUGCCGCACCUCCUACACCUGCAAGAGCAACUGGCACAAGGGCUGGAACUGGACCUCAGGAUUUAACCAGUGCCCGGUGGGAGCUGCCUGCCACCCUUUCCACUUCUACUUCCCUACGCCUGCUGCUCUGUGUGAAGAGAUCUGGAGUCACUCCUACAAGGUCAGCAACUACAGCCGAGGGAGCGGCCGCUGCAUCCAGAUGUGGUUCGACCCGGCCCAGGGCAACCCCAAUGAGGAGGUGGCGAGGUUCUAUGCUGAGGCCAUGAGUGAGGCUGCGCUCCACGGGGCCUGGCCUCUCCUGCCCAGUCUGGUCUCUCUGCUGCUCUUUCUGCUCAGCUGAGUGUCUUUUGUAUCUCAUGCUCGGACAUCCCUCCCCUGUUCAGCCCCAUGGCUCCCAGCUAUUGGG